AUGGCGCUGUUAUCAGGUACUGUUAUUGUCACUUCUGAAAAAGCUAAUGUUUCGUACCUCAACUCAGUUCUAUCAGCUGGAGAAGUCUCAAUUCUUGCCCCUAAUCCAGAGAUGGUCGCAACAGUUGGAAUCACUGGAGGUGGACCUUACGGUCCAGCACUAUUUGCAUUUGGAGGUAACUCCAACCCCAUGAGAAGCAGAAAGGAGGAAAAGAAAACGAUAAAAUUGAAGACGGUGGAAGAGAAUGCAGUGUUGCCCAUAAGUCAUAAGCUCGUCCAGUUUAUAAUGGAGAAUGAUUUUGAUAAUGGUGAGUGGAUUGGUGGUGAGUUUUAUUACAGUAACCGCAAGGAGAAGCGGGUGCGGACCAAAGACGAUGUUCUCUAUGGCAUUUUUGCUUCUGGGAACAGUAGUAGUGACUCCGACUAUGAGGGAAGGGGCAAAAAGCGAAAGAAAGACCUUACCAAGCCUGUUAACUUUGUCUCCACUGGGAGUGUAUUGCCCAACCAGAAAAUUGAUAGUGAUAAGGAGGAUUUGAAAGAGAUGGAAGAGGAUAGAGGAGCUUCAUCUUCUGACAACUUUCUUUGUUCUGCUUUUGGGAAGAAGAUCAAGGAAGGUGCAGUGUUGAGACAAAAAUCUUCUCAGGCUGGGAAGAGAGAAUCAGAAGCGGGAACCUUUGAAAAGCACACUAAGGGGAUUGGAAUGAAGUUGCUUGAAAAGAUGGGUUAUAAGGGAGGUGGGCUUGGGAAGAAUGAACAAGGUAUCACAGCUCCCAUUGAAGCAAAGUUGCGGCCCAAGAACAUGGGAAUGGGUUUCAAUGAUUACAAGGAGAUUAAGGUGCCAGCGCUUCAAGAAUCCGAAGCAGCAAAGUCUGCUCCUCUUCCUGCCCACAAAAGAGAGAAGCCCUGGCUGAAGCAAGCUUCAAAAAAGAAAGUUUGCAUAACGGUAGAAGAAUUGCUGGCCAGGAAGCAAGAGCAGGGGGUUAAUGUUGUUCAAAAGGUGUAUGAUAUGAGGGGUCCACAAGUUCGGGUGCUGACAAACUUGGAGAACUUAAAUGCCGAAGAAAAAGCCAGGGAAAGUGAUAUUCCUAUGGCUGAACUUCAGCACAAUAUGGGGUUGAUGGUUGAUUUAGCAGAGCUUGAGUUUCUAAAAAUUGAUCGGGAUUUGAGAAAUGAGAGGGAGAAAGUGGUUGCUUUGCAGAAAGAGAAGGAGAAACUCCAAGCUGUGGCAGUUCACCAGAAAAAGCAAAUUGAAAAUAUGGAGUACAUUAUGAAUGAAUUGGACCGGAUAGAUAAAGCGAGUAAAGAGGGUACAUUGACUCUUGACUCACUCGUGAACUCGUUUCUUGACUUGCAACAACGUUACGCUGAUGAUUAUAAACUUUCUAAAUUGUCAUCCAUAGCUUGCUCGUAUGCUAUCCCGUUAUUUAUCAGAGUAUUUCAGGGAUGGGAUCUACCUCAAAAUCCAACACAUGGAUUAAAGAUUGUUUCGUCAUGGAAGAAUCUGUUGCAAGACAACUCAUCUCUUUAUUCUCAGCUGUUUAUGGAAGUAUUUUUUCCUGCUAUAAGAAUAUCUGUGACUAACACUUGGCAGGCUAGGGAUCCAGAACCAAUGCUUAGAUUUUUGGAUUCCUGGGAGAAGUUGUUGCCUCCUAUAGUCCUCCACACCAUUCUGGACAACAUUGUUUUGCCAAAAUUAGCAGCUGCUGUGGAUUCGUGGGAUCCCCGUCGAGAGACAAUUCCAAUCCAUUCUUGGAUUCAUCCUUGGCUGCCCUUCUUGGGACAGACGAAGCUGGAAUCAUGCUUUAACACUAUACGUUGCAGAUUGGAAAGUGUACUUCAUGCUUGGCACCCGAGUGAUAUAUCUGCAUACUACAUAUUGUCACCUUGGAAAACCGUGUUCGAUCCAAGCAGUUGGGGAAAACUGAUGGCAAGAUUUAUUGUCCCAAAGUUGGUGGCUGUGAUGCAUGAAUUCCAAGUUUACCCAGCCAAUCAGAACCUUGAUCAGUUUCACUGGGUCCGGACAUGGGCUGCUGCUAUUCCCAUUCAUCAAAUGCUUCCACUUAUGGACAUCUUCUUCGACAAGUGGCAACAAGUUUUAUACCAUUGGUUGUGUUCAAAUCCAAACUUUGAACAAGUUACUCAAUGGUUUUUAGGUUGGAAGCAACUUUUGCCACCACAACUACUUGCAAAUAAUCAUAUCCGGUAUAGGCUUAUUGUUGGUGACGAUAUGAUGAUCCAGGCUGCUAAUGGCAUGGAGGUAGUCCACCCAAGUUUAAGAGAGAAUAUAAGUUAUCUCAGAGCUCUCGAAAAGAGACAAUUCGAGGCAUCAGCACAAGCUCAAAAACCGAACUUGAGUGGUGGGCUACAAAGAGAUGGAGAAGACAGUGGAUCAGAUCUCAGCUUCAAAGCAAUAAUAGAAGCUUAUGCGCAGCAGAAUGGUUUGCUAUUCAAGCCAAAGCCAGGGAGGAUACAUAAUGGUUAUCAAAUAUAUGGUUUUGGUAGCUUAAGCAUAAUAAUGGACUCUCUGAAUGAGAAGGUAUAUGCACAAAUUGAGGAUAAAUGGUCUCCCAUGUGUCUUGAGCUGCUUUUGGAGUUACAAAAUCGGAGGCAAUGA